CCUCGGCCUCCCAAAGUGCUGGGAUUACAGGCGUGAGCCACCGUGCCUGGCCUAAAAAUGCCUGGUUAAAUUUGUUAGGGGCCACAACCCCUGAUUUACCUGCCCCUCAUACACACUCCUUUGUUUAUUCAAUACCUAUGUAGCAAUAAUAUGUUUUGGCUUAAGCAAUAUUCCACGUGCUGUAAGCAAGAAUAACAAGGCCCCUGUCAUCAGAGCUCAUAUUCCAGUGGGGGAGACAGAGGAUAAAUUAUCCCCCAGUGGACCUUGAGCUCUGUGAAGGCACUUUUGUAUUCUCGAAGCCUAGUACGUGCGGAAGUACUUAAUAAAAGUGGGUGCAAUGAAUGAUUGAAGAGCCAAUCUGGAGUUUUGAAAAUUAAACCACAAAAAUGCAAAAGGAUAAAGCCUGACGUAUGUAUAUGAUUGCAAGAGGUCAUGUAUCCAGGUCAAGACAAAGUCCCCUGGGGAUAAGAUAGAGAAUUUAGAAGUGGGUGUUCCCAGCUGGGCGCGGUGGCUUACGCCUGUAAUCCCAGCACUUUGGGAGGCCGAGUCGGGCGGAUCACAAGGUCAGGAGUUCGAGACCAGCCUGGCCAGUAUGGUGAAACCCUGUCUCUACUAAAAAUAUAAAAAUUAGCCGGCACUUUCCAGCCUGGGCGACAGAGCGAGACUUUGUCUCAAAAAAAAAAAAAGAGAGAGAGAAAGAAGCGGGUGUUCCCUGGAUCCCAGAGGCGUGCAAUGCUUGAACUUAAUAAGAUUUAUAGGGCAAUUGUGGUCAGCUUUUCCAUUUAGUGUUUUCACAUACAUUAUCGUUUAAUCCUCACAUGAGGCUUGCAAAGUACCUAUUAUUAUCCUCAAUUUAUAGUGGAGGGAACCCAAGCCCAGAGUGAAUUUAGGGCCCACACCACUGCUCAGCAGGGGAGCUGUUCUGGCCCCUGCCUCUCUUCCCAAUACUCAAGAGUGCCUCUUACUACAGCUGGCCCUACAGGGAAAGGAAAUGCACUGAUCUGUCACGGCUGUCGAAUCCCCCAAAUUCCCUUCACCCGGUUCCUCGCACCCAGGGUAGCUGCCCUUUGGGGCGAAGAGCACAGGGGAAGGGGCCUUAGUAGGUUAAUUAUUAACCCUUUGCGCCUCAGGGCACCACGGGCUUCUGUCCCCUCCUGGAGGCGGAGGGACACGGACUGGCUAGGCGCUGGUGAGGGGGCGGCGGUCCCAGCAGCAGGCAUGGGAGUGGCGGUGCGGCCCCCAGCCCUGCGGCACUGGUUCAGCCACUCAAUUCCUCUCGCUAUCUUCGCGCUGCUGCUGCUUUAUCUCAGUGCUCGGAGCCUAGGCGCCCGCUCGGGCUGCGGACCCAGGGCACAGCCCUGCGUUCCAGGGGGAACUGCGCCCUUCCAGGUCCGGCAGGAGUCGGGACCCCUGGAGGCCCCGGAGAGGAAACAGCCUCCGUGUCUGGGCCCUCGGGGGAUGCUGGGCCGCAUGAUGAGGCCGUUCCACGCCAGUCUGAAACCCGAAGGGGAUGUGGGGCUGUCGCCGUACCUGGCGGGAUGGAGGGCACUCGUCCAGUUCCUGACUCCCCUCGGCUCCGUCUUCGCCUUCGCCACUAGGGAGGCCUUCACCAAGGUGACAGCCCUGGAGGCUCGGGUGCACGGCCCGGACGCGGAGCACUACUGGUCGCUGGCGGCCAUGGCGGCCUGGGAGCAGAGGGCGGGACUGCUGGAGCAGCCGGGGGCGGCUCCCCGGGACCCGGCCCGGAGCUCGGGCUCUCGCACGCUGCUCCUGCUGCACCGCGCGCUGCGCUGGUCCCAGCUCUGCCUCCACCGGGUGGCGACCGGCACGCUGGGAGGCCCGGACGCGGGCGUGCAGUGCAGCGACGCCUACCGUGCGGCCCUGGGCCCGCAUCAGCCCUGGCUGGUCCGUCAGACCGCCCGCCUCGCCUUCCUCGCCUUCCCGGGUCGCCGCCGCCUGCUGGAGCUGGCGUGUCCCGGAGCCACCGAGGCGGAGGCGCGGGCCGCGCUGGUCCGGGCCGCCGGCACCCUGGAGGAUGUCUACAACCGCACCCAGAGCCUGCUGGCCGAGCGCGGCCUGCUCCAGCUGGCCUAAGACGGCGGCUGCGGGGACCAACGGGAACGGAGCGGACCGCCCGGGGUGGGACCGCGCAGCCCGGGGUCAGUCCUGCAGCCUGCGCCGCGGCCGCCUCCGUAUCCCGCCUCUUCCGUGACGUCGCCGCGGCGAGGGCCAGCCCCGUCAGGGAAUGGCGUUGAGCUCCCUCUGUCCGCAGUCUCGGAAAGACGGGAGGAGCUGUGAGGAAUAAAAAGCAGUAUUUGGUAGCGUCGACGUAGGGCGUUUUGUGUGAUGACGACAGGCGCUUAAGGGAAAUAAAAAACGAAUGUGAGAAGAUGUGUCAUCUGUGUUCUCGGCAGCCGAGAGACUCACGCUCCCCUGGCCUAUCGCGGUCACUCCCGUGGCUUCAGUUGCCAACCACACGCUGAGUCUCCAGCCCAGACUUGGCCCUGAGCUUCACCCCUGUGCAGCCAAGUAUACAGCAAGCAUCCUGCACACUCCACAGACGCUGCAAAUGCAACACGUCCAACACAGGUCCCACCACCAUCCCCCUAAGAACUGCACCUCCUCCUGCGUUCCCUGUCUCUGUGAAUAAAUGGCACCCUCACCCUUCAGCUACCCAAGCGCAUGUGCGUCAUGCCUCACACGAAGCAGGUGCUCAGCUCCAUAAUGUAUGUUUAUUAAAUGACUCCACGGCCACUCCCACAAUGAACAUGAAAGACCUUGCCAUUUCAUACACUGAUAACGCCCAAAUCACAACUUCAAUCCACUUUCUCCUGGACUCCAGAAUCCUACAUGUACGAUUGCCUAUUCAGUAUCUCCACUUGGAUGUCAACUAGGCAUAGCAAACCUACCACGGCCAACACUAAGCUCCAAUACGCCCUCCCCACGAAAAUUCUCCCUUCAUAGUCUUUGCUGGCUCGGUGAAUGACACUUCCAUUCUUCCAGGUCCU